GUUUUAAAUUUUUAGGUGCCAAUUUGUUAUUGCUAUAGACGUUGACCCUCGAAAAGUUGUAAUGGCUUUCAAUAAUGCAAGUAUAUAUGGAGUGGAAGAUUAUAUUGAUUUUAUUAUUGGUGACUUUUUCCAACUUGCUCCUUACUUGAAGGGGGAUGUAGUAUUUGUUUCACCACCGUGGGGGGGUCCAUCAUAUAAAACAAUCCAGAGUUUCACCAUGGAUUUGCUGAAGCCAAAAGAUGGAUACUCAAUAUUUCAAGCUGCUCAGAGGAUAACGCCGAAUAUCAUUAUGUUUUUGCCUCGGAAUGUGAACCUAAAUCAACUUGAGGAACUUUCAUGGUUGUCUUCUCCUCCUUUGAUGCUUGAGAUAGAAGAAAACUUCUUGGAAGGCUAUUUCAAGGGAAUAACUGUCUACUUUGGCGCUUCUGCACACAGGUGAGUCUUAUUACCUGGGUUUUCAGUGCUAUAAUUACCUUGUUAUCUUACAAUAUGGUUUUUCAGCUAUACGGAAGUUAAGGGUAUUUCAUGCUAGCCUGAUGAUUGUUUGUUAAUGCUGAAGGCGUGAAUAACUAUUUUUUCCUUUA